AUGCAUGCGGUCGGCCUCCACUCCGCGCUCGCCAUCCGCCGCGAGCGCAAGCGGCGCGCGGAGCAGCAGCGCGCCAGAGAGCGACGCUACUCGCUGCAGUCUUCUGAAUCGGGCGUCACAUCCCCCCACUGCUCCACCGGCAGCCUCGAACGCAGACGCUACAGGAAGUCCGGCACGGCUGACAAUGAAGUCGUCUCCUCCGUUGGACUAUUUCUUGUUGCUUCCGGGUGGCUCCCUGAUGACGUCACUUCUUGGAGCAGCAUCGGCUCCGUCAGCUGGUUCAAUGAACUAGUAUGCUCCGGCCUGUUCGCUCUCUUCAUUGGCGUAUUUUUGAUUGUACUGCACAAAUAUUUGACCAAGAGCGAGGAAGACGCCUUGGAGGACUACGUCCAGAGACAAUUGACGAGAUCGAGAUCUGGGCAUAGAUUGGAACGAGAUGCAGAGACUGGUGGCAUGCGUACAAAAAAUGCUAGACGUGCGCGCGCUACUGAAGUCCUACCUGAACCUGUAACAGAGACUUACACCGAGCCUCCGCCAGACAGAGCUCAUGGAUUUGUUAACGCGUUGGCUUUGAAUGGAGAUGCGAUGAGAGAGUCGCCGCUGGAACAAAUCGUAGAAGAGGAAGUGUCAAUGGCAUCAGAAAGUGAGCGAAGAUUUGGCAAAUUCAACAAAGAUACAUAUUCGACGCCGUCUAUGGCUCCGAGUCUAAGUCCAGGGUCGCCAUCAGAUACGAAAGAACUGCUCUCUGAUGGGCGUUAUAUGAUCAUGUCGAAAAUGUGA